AUGCCUUCUCUUCCAUUACUCCCUAUACCUAACGAUGCUUGGGUCGAUGUACAUUGUGGUAAUGCAGAAUUUGUCGAAAUACACUUAGACAAACGGUAUUACGUCGGAGAAAAUAUAACACUUCAUCAAGUAGUGCGAACGGAAAACAAUCGAAUAGGGAUUAAAGGAAACUAUAAACUUUUCUGGGAUCCUGAUCAAUGUAUUGAUUUUAUCACAUCAUACGAAUGGCGAAAGGUAUUCAUUUCACUUACUGAUGGAUUCAGUUAUCUACUCCCUUUAAUUCAUGAUCUAUCACAAAUAGUGUUCAUCUAUAUCUAUUCCUCAUCGCCGGCGAAGGUGUCCUAUUCUAGUGCUGAUUAUACGAAAUUGCGAGCAAUUGUCAACGAAAAUUCACCUGAUACGGAUAAGCAAUUAUUAAGUGAUAUCGAAAUGUUUCGACGCGAUUUAAUGCCGAUUAAUGUCAUCAAUCCUAUACGACGAAAAACCAAACUUUUAAUUCAAGAACCGUUGCCGGUCGACAAAUAUUUGGUUGUUUGGAUACAAGAUGAGGAUGAUAGUACCCGUCUGGACACAUUAUCCAUAACUGAUAUAAUCAAUUAUUUGGAAGUAUUUUUUAAUAUAGAGCAAUGUAUUAAUUACAUCAAAUCAUUAGCUGAUGAUACUAAGAUAUUCUUCAUUUCAUCGCAUUCCGAUACAGAAACGGUAUUAAAGGAAGUAGCGCAUCUAUCGAAUGUCAUUUCUAUUUAUCUAUUUGACAAUUGUCAACAGAUCGCAGUCACUUUAAAUGAUUCAAAUAUCAAAGUACGUGGUAGAUAUUCUGACAUACAAAGCUUGGCUAAUCAAUUAUUCCAAGAGUACAAAAGCUUCACACAUAGUUCGGAAAUGUCAGUCAGUGUCUUCGAUAGGGAGAAAAACGAAAAGACAGUUCGAGAUUUGAGCAAAGAAAGUGCUCGAUUUCUAUGGUUACAAUUGUUAGUUGAUAUUCUCAUAAAAACACCCUAUAAUGAUCAAACGAAAGAUGAAAUGUUAGAUGAGUGUCGAAUACAUUACAAGGACAGUGCAAUUGCACAAAAGGCCAUAGAGGAAUUCGAUAAAACUUACAAAUCUACUGAAGCUCUUCAGUUUUAUACAAAGGACUCAUUUUUGUAUCGUCUAUUCAAUCGAGCGCUACGAACAGAAAAUAUUGAUUUUUUAUUCAUAUUCCGCUUUUUCUUAGCCGAUAUGUACCAUCAAUUACAAAAGCUACAUUCGGAGCAAUUUUCAAUCAGUCCAAGAUAUACUGGUAACAUGCCUAUUGUUUAUCGAGGACAAUCGAUGACAGUUGCCGAAUUCGAUCACAUCAAGAACAAUGUCGGACGUUUAAUAUCAGUGAGCACAUUUUUUUCUACCACAGAAAACUACAAUAUGGCAGUCAUCUAUUCGGGUUCGGAAGCGACAAAUCGAGAACCUGAAUCGGUAUCGGUCAUAUUUGAAAUUGAAAUGGAUCUAAUCCAUGAUGCAACUAAGAGACCAUUUGCUUCUAUCAAACAUUUGAGUCGAUUUCCAGAAGAAUGUGAAGUACUUUUUUCGGUUGGUUCGACUUUCCGCAUUCUCAGUGCUCAUGAUAAACGAACAAGCGAAGGACACUGGCACGUGAAAAUGAAAUUGGUCGAAGAUGAUAACGAUAUCAGCGAGCUUCGAAACGACCUCGAAAUUCAAUAUUCCCAGCACAAUAACUUGUGCGACUUGGGACUUGCUUUGAUAGCCAUGUGUGAUUAUGACAGAGCAGAAAGAUAUUGUCGAAGGCUACUCGAGUAUUUACCCGAAUCUAAUCCAUCCAUUGGUUAUAUACACGAAUCUCUGGGAGUCAUUUUUGCCAAUCGAGGAGAUUAUCGAACAGCAUUGAAUUUUCAAGAAAAAGCGUUGGAAGUUUGGACGAAAUUUGAUCUUCUCGGUCAGAAUCUAAAUAGCCUUAGUAGAACAUAUGUUCAUAUUGGUGCAGCUUAUCGCCACCUAGGACAAUUGGAUUUAGCAUUGAAAUACUGUUUAAUGGCUGCAGAUAUGCAGUCACCUACAGAAUCACUGGCAUUCGCAUAUAAUGAAAUUGCAAUCACUCAUCGGGACAAAGGUGAUAAUCGUUUAGCAUUAGAAUAUUUUCUAAAAUCGCUACAUGUUGAAGAACAAGUUUUGAAACUAACAAAGUAUCAUCCAAAGUUAGCUACUACAUAUAAUAAUAUCGGGGAAAUCUAUGUACAUCUGGGUGAUGACGAGAAUGCUUUAAAAUAUUUAGAGCAUGCAUUGAACAUACGUCUCAAAGGCACCGUCUCGACACACACCGAUCUUGCUGCUACAUAUCAUAAUUUAGGAAAUGUUUACCAGAGAAAGAGUGAACUAAAGAAAGCUUUAGAAAUGUAUCAAAAAGCACUGGAAAUUGACACUCGAAUAUUCCAUGACAACCAUGAAUUACUGGCAGGCUCACACAGCGCAAUCGCCAUGAUUCAUCGCAGUUUGGGCGAUUUAACGAACGCCGUGUACCAUGCAGAAAAAGGCUUGAGGAUAUUGCUACGCUCACAGGCCAAAGAUAAUCGUUCACUCGUUGUCAUGCACCAACAAAACCUUGGAUUUAUUCAAUAUCAGCUAGGCAACACCACAAAGGCAUUAAAAAUGGCAGAGAAGGCGUUACAAACUCAACUAACGUGUGUAUCUGAAGCUCAGGGUGCAGUUGCACGUACAUAUGAUUUAUUUUCAUGCAUUUAUGAGAAAGAAGGAGACAUUUCAAAAGCAUUGGAAUAUUCAGAGAAAGCGGUCGAACAGGCUAAGAUUUGGGCCAUGCGUAAUCGUACGUUCGAAUUGGAAUAUUUCUUAUCACGAUUGGAUACGCUGAAAAACACCUCUUCAAGCGGAGACAGCAAAUUUCCAACAUCGUUUACAUCGGCAAAAGUUUGGUGUGACGAUGUCGAUGUUCAAGAUCAUGUCAUAUCAAAAUCCAAGGAAGAGCUUGAACAAACUCCGGCAAAUAACAUUCUAAAACGGCUUGAAUUACUCAACAAUUUGAUUGUGAUGCAUUCGAGAAAAAAGAAUUUUUCGAUGGCAUCCAAGUGCUUUGAUGAAGCCAAUAUCAUUUACACUGAACAUCAAACGUCUGAUGUAAUAACUAAAGAACAACUCGAAAAUGAGAUGAUAACUGUAUUCCACAACACAGCUCUGGUCUAUCAUCGUCAACAAGAUUGGAACAUGUGUUCGAACAUGUUGGGCAGAUCACUCGAUCUUGUUCUGCAACAGAAGGAAGAACAUCGCAUAUUACCAGAAAUUUACUAUUGUAUGGCAUCAUCUUAUGCGCAUCGACAAGAGAUUCACAUGGCGAUCUAUUACUACGAAUUGGCUAUCAGUACUGCUAGAAAAAGACUACUCGACGAUCAUCCAGACAUGCAACGGUAUUGUUUUCAAUUGCAGCUAUAUAAAACUGCAUUAUCAGAAGCGUAUUCUAAAAGACAAUUCAAUCAUUGA